UCACCUCUAUGGGAAACAAAGUGGACAUGUACACUUCGUCCCGACCCAGCUCGCCAGCUCUCUCUCUGUAUCCUCUCCCAAAUCCCACCCUUUCCCCGACCUCUCUCUCCUAGUUUCCUCCGUCCUCUCCCCCUCUAACGGAUCUAGUCUCAUCGAGCACCAUGAACCGCAGUGAGGAGAAAUACUCGAAGACUAGUGCCACCUCCGGCUCCUGAUGGUCGAGCUGCAGUGAGCCAUCUCUGCCAUCCCGGAUUUGGAAAGCGGCCAUCGCUGGCAGAAGCCCCGGCCAUUUGGAACUCCUCAAGGAAGUGCCAGGCCAAAGGAGAACCUGAUCUAUUCCAUGGAGAUUGGAUCAAGGCAUGGAAAUUGUGUUGAUAUUUCAUAGCUUAGAUCCGUAGCAUUUGUUUCCUUUUUUCUUCUUCUUAUUUAUAGAAAUGGAUAUGAGAGAUACCCGUGCUUGUUCCGUGAUUGUUCCUUCUUCCUAAUCUUAAUUGCCAAUCUGAUUCUCCCUCUUUGUUUCCUUACAUAAAUAUUGUUGAUCCAGAAAAAUUCGUCAUCGUUUCUUCAUAGUCUCUCUCUGAUUCUUGAUGCGUGGUGCGCUUCAAGUUGGAUUUGAUGCAUGUUUUCUUUCUUAAGCAAUUCAGAUCAGCCAAAGGAGAUCUGUACAUGAUCCAAAACUUUUGGACCAAAACACGUACAGUGAUAAAUGGGAGGUCUGUUAUGGAAAAGGGAGGGCCUUUCUGUCACGAAUUUGAUAUUGGUCAGGGUGUGUUUUGCAAAGUGCAGAAGUCCUUUGCACGAAUCUUAAAGCAUUAGUGAAUGUUCAAGAUAGGCCCGGGACUCCCACGUAUAUGUAGAGGAUGAUUUCCGCCUCCAUUCCCGCUUCUCUUCUCUAAAGUCUAAACCCUCGAGAAACCCUCGCCCCCCAUGGCCGCAUCGGCGUCGGCGCCGGGCGCCGAGCCCCAGAAGCAGCUCCUGUCCAUCAUCCGCGACUUCGCCGCCGACAAGUCCCACGGCGAGCGCACGGUGUCGGGCCUGAAGCGGCGCCUCGACGACGUGCUCGCGGCGGCCGACGCGGCCACGGCGGAGCUCGAGGCCGCCAAGCGCGCGCGGGAGGCCGCGGAGACGGACCUGCGCGGGAGCCAGGUGCAGGCCUCCAUCGCCGCCGCGACCAUCCAGGCGCUCGAGGCCACCAUCUCGCAUCUCCAGGAGGAGAUCGCCAAGGUGGGCUCCCAGCUGGAGGAGCUUAAGAGCAAGGAAGACAGUGAGAGAGACGAGUUCAUCAGCCAGAUGGUUGAAAUGAAUGCAAGGAUAAGGCAAUUUCAACAGAUGGCUUCUGUUGAAUUAGCAAGGAAAUGCUCUGAAGUGUCAGCAGAUGUUGAGCAAGGCAAUGCAGCAGACUGUAAUCAAGGCAAUGGAACAGAUGGUCAUAAUGUGAGCGACAAGAAUGAAACUGCUGAAUCAGAAGAUAUGGUGACAGAUCUGGCUGAUAAGUUGAGCAAUAUUGAGGCUGAGCUGCAUGCCUUGGAGGAAGAGUAUCAAAAGGAUCUGCUUGAUCAUAAACAGGUCUGUCAGGAACUGGCUGAUGUCCAAGCAAACAGAGCUCUAAUAGAGGCUGUGAUGGAUGAGACGAAGCAGUUGCAGGAGGUCGGGGGGCGCAUGGCGGAAAUGGAGAAAUUGCUCAAUUCAGUCGCUGAGGAGCUGCAGAGGCGGUACAUGUGCCCUGGCUGCGGUACCAACAACAUGGGUGGGAUGGAGGAGGAGGCGGCGCGGACGUCUUCCAACUAACUAGACAGCUCAGAGCUUGAUGUACAUUGGCAGCAUCAGUAGGUUGGUAUGGGCUCCAGUAAAAGUUGUUGGUUGAUCAUCCGGCUAUACCCUUUGGCAGAGAUCGUUGCAUACGAUUACAGUGAAGCCACUAGAACAUUGUUUUAACGCCUUCUGUGAUCAGUACAAAUACAUGGCUUGUAUCUGUUUCUUGGAUGUACAUCGAAUGGGUCAAUAGCAAGAAACCCUCUUUUUUCCUCU